AUGGCGGGGCGGGCACAGGAGAGUGCCCGCGAGGUCCCCGGGGCGGGCGUCCCGGAGGCCGCCGAGAUCCCACUGGUGCCGGGCGUGCCACUGGGCCCGCCGAGGUCCCCGGGGCGGCGGUCGCCAGUGCCGUCGGGUCCCCGGGGCGGGCGGGCCAGUGGUCCAGCCGAGGUACCACGGGCGGGCGGGCCAGUGGCCCGCCGAGGUCACACGGGGCGGCGGGCCAGUGGGCCGCGGGUCCCACGGGCGAGGCGGCCAGUGUGCCCGCCGAGGUCCCCGUGCCGUGCGGUCCAGUGGGCCCGCCGGGACACGGGGCGGGCGUGCGAUGGGCCGGCGAGUCCACGGUGGGGGCGGGCCAGUGGCCCGCCUAUGUCCCUGGUCGCGCGGGCCAGUGGAUCCCGCCGAGGUCCCCGUGGCGGGGUCCCGGCGGGGCAGGACAGUGGGCCCCGCCGAGUUUCCCCGGGCGUGCGGCCAGUGGCCCUCCGAGGUCCCCGGGGCGGGCGGGGCCGCGGGGCCCGCCGAGGUCCCCGGUCGGGCGUGGCAGUGGCGCCGCCGGGUACCCCGGAGCGGGCGGCCAGUGGGCCCCGCCGAGUCCCGGGGCGUGGCGGUCCAGUGUCCCGCCGAGGUCCCCGGGCGGGCGGUCCAGUGGGCCCGCCGAUGACCCCGGGCGGGCGUGCCAGUGGGCCCGCCGAGGACCCCGGGGCGCGGGCCAGUGGCCCGGCUGGACACCCGGGGCGGCGGGCCAGUGAUGGCCCCCCGAGGUCCCGGGCCGGGCGGGCCGCCUGGGGCCCGCCGAGGUCCCCUGCCGUGCGGGCCACUUGGGCCCGCCGAGGUCCCCUGGGCGGGCAGGCCAGUCGGCCCGCCGGGUCCCACGGCGAGCGGGCCAGUCGGCUUGCCGGGUCCCGGGGCGGGCUGGCCGCUUUGGCCCGCCGAGGUCCCGGGCUGGCGGCCAGUCGGCCCCGCCGAGGUCCCCGGGGCGGUCGUGCCGUGGCCCCCCCGAGUUCCCCGGGGCGGCGGCAAGUGGGCCCGCCUAGGUCCCCGGGGGCGGGCGUCGGGCAGUGGGCCCCCCGAUUCCCGUGCCGGGCGGGCCACUGGCCCGCCGAGGUCCCCUGGGGCGGGCAGGCCAUCGGCCCGCCGAGGGUCCCAGCGGCGAGCGGGCCAGUCGCUUGCACGAGGUCCCCGGGGCGGCGGCCAGUCGGCCCGCCGGUCCGCCGGGGCGGGCGGGCCAGUCGGCCCUGCCGAGUCCCCGGGCCGGGCGGGCCAGUCCGGCCCGCCGAGGUCCCCGGGGGCGGUCUUGCCAGUGGGCCCCCGAGUUCCCCGGGGCGUGCGGGCCAGUGGGCCCGCCGAGGUCCCCGGGGCGGGCGGCCAGUGGCCCUCCGAGGUUCCCCGGGGCGGUCAGGGCCCAGUGGGCCCCCCCGAGUUCCCCGGGGCGGGCGGUCCAUUGGGCCCCCGAGGUCCCCGGGGCGGGUGGGCCAGUCGGCCGCCGGGUCCCUGGGGCGGCCCCCUGUGGAAGUGUUUCUAGCUGCGUACGUAUAA